AUGGAGCUUAAAGAAAUUCGGCCACCGUACAGUGUCAAACCGGGCACAAAACUUGCGGAAUCUAGCACCAAUCUGUCCGUUAUGAGUCGCUUUCAGGCUCUUGCUCUACACGAACAGCAGUGUGUGGUUGUGUCGGGGAACAGUAGUAGCAAUUCGAACGGACAACGAUCGGAUCAGCGCACACAUUUGGAUGUUGCUGGGUACCGAAGAUUGCGAACCGUAGGUCAGGGUUCUUUCGGUGUUGCCGUUCUGUACGAACGGCUGUCGGAUGACCUACAGGUGGUCAUGAAACAGAUAGCUCUGGGCGAUCUAACCGAGUCGGAAAGGAAUAUGGCCAUGAACGAGGUGGAAGUGUUCUCGAAGCUCCAUCACCCGAACAUUAUCGCAUAUUACGGUUCGUCGGUGCAGAAUGACCGAUUGUUCAUCGAAAUGGAGUACGCUGACGGUGGCACACUGGCACAAAUGAUGGCGCAACGCGCUGGCGGAGAAUCGCUACCGGAGCGGUUUGUGCUCACAAUUUUCGAGCAACUGGUCAGUGCAAUCGGGUACAUGCACUCCCAAAGCAUCCUGCACCGAGAUUUGAAAACAGCGAACGUAUUCCUGCACGGCAAGGGUACGGUGAAGGUGGGAGAUUUCGGCAUUUCGAAGAUUAUGCACACCAAAGUGCAUGCCCAGACCGUGCUCGGCACCCCGUACUACUUCAGUCCGGAAAUGUGCGAAGGGAAGGCCUACGACGAGAAGAGUGAUAUCUGGGCCCUUGGCUGUAUACUCGGGGAAAUGUGUUGCCUCAAGAAAGCAUUCACGGCGGCAAACCUGUCCGAGUUGGUCUCAAAAAUCAUGUCUGCCGAGUAUGUUCCUCUGCCGGCCGAAUACUCUCAGUCAAUACGCCACGUACUUGGCCUUAUGUUCAAGAUUGACCCCGGUGAGCGACCCUCAGCCACAGAGUUGCUGCAGUAUUGGGUGCCUGUUAUCUAUCGGAAUUUAGACUCCAGCGAAAGCAAUUAUUUCAGAAGAAAACUGCAGACACCACCAGCUUUCGAGCCAACCCGGCUCCAUUACAAUUCACGGACCAUACUCUACCAACUUCGCUCGUUCGGUACAUCCUCGUCUUUGGCGCCGUUGCAUUUACCGGCAACGCUUAAAAUCAAACAACUCGGAACACGGGGCCAGCACUUUGUGGCGGUGAUGGAAGAUGGGACCGUGUUCAGCUGGGGAGAAGGCGACAAAGGGCAGCUAGGGCACGAUGCCCUCGAAUCGUGGCACCACAUCCCGUUGCGAAUCGAGGCUGUGAAGCACCAUUCGAUCGCUGGGGUGGCAGUUGGGCAUGGAUUCACCAUCCUGUGGACGGCGUCCGGAUUGCUGCUCAGCUGUGGUGACAACAGUCUCGGUUGUCUGGGACACGGCAACAGAACAUCGCUGCUUGUGCCGAAACAGAUCAGCAAACUCGAGCGGACCUCGAUCGUGCAGGUGUCCUGCGGUACGUCGCACGUCCUGGCACUGACCGAUGGUGGUAUCGUGUACAGCUGGGGCACCAGCACCAAGGGAGCCCUGGCUUUAGGCAAGCGGCUCCACACAGCACUCGAACCCGAGCGAGUCAUACUGCCACAGACGGUGCAAAAUGUCCGGGAACUGCAUGCCGGACCGGACUGCACGAUUUUGAUUACGCACCAAGGGGAUUGCUACGGUUGCGGCAGUAACGCUGGCAACAGGCUUGGGCUAGGCCGGAAGGUGUCCGAGACGAGCACACUGCACAAGUUUACCAUUGCCGCCGGCUGUCCGAAGAUUUUGGCCGUGAGUGUCGCCGAAACGCAUGCUGUGUUUCUAGUCGAAGGAGGAUACCUCGUCACGCUCGGGGACAACUCACACGGUCAGCGAGGCGCCGGCCAUCGCUACGAGUUGCUGAAGCCGACGAUCGUUCCACAGCUGCGUUCCCGGUGCAUCGUGAACGUAAAGUGCAGCGAGACGUAUACCAUCGCUGUAACUGAUGACAACUGCCUUUUGCUCUGGGGAACGCGUUUGGGCGUGACACCGGAAGUCAUGGACGGUGCCAGCAAUACACUCGAUGGGAACAACAAUAAAGAGUGGCGGGCUUCGUUUUCGACGUACGCAAACAGCACCAAUAUCCUCACGCCGAUCUACAAACAAGAGACGAUUCUCGAUCCGGCGGAUGUGCUGGCCCUGUACUCGUCGAAAACUCAGCAAAGUACGGGUUCGUACGUAAAGCUGCUCGAUAUUUAUCCGUUACAGCACAGUAUUCUAGUACUCAUUGAAACCAACUGUCCAAUGGUGUAAGUUCACAA